UUACAGAGAAAAACCCAACAAACUAAUGAUGUAAUAAUAAUCUAUUAUGAGGACUUGGAGACAGUGGGAACGAAGAACCAACUUUAAACAGAAAGUGAUUGUAAAUUGAUUUAUAUAGCAUGAGACCUCGAAAUCUUUUUGAAGGUCAUUCUGCUGACCUAAAUAUCACUAAAGCUAAUGGCUUUAUUUAGGUCUGAGAUUUAAAGUGAGCGUUCAAACUGUAUAACGCAAAUUAAACAUAAGCAACAAUCAAAUUGAACUUGUUUGUAAAGCAUAUGUAAAGGUGUGUCCCUUACACCAAUGACCUAAUUAAAACAAAGGUAAAAUAAUAAACUUGAGAAAACAAUAAACAAAAGCAACAGAAAUAUAAAUGUAAAUUUAAGAUUUAAAGCACGUUGAGUUACUUAUUAUUGCCUCUAAAACACUGCUAUAGAUAACGUUUAAUGUUAGCAUCACCUACUGCACACUGGAAGCCAUUGUGUUGGUGAUAUGAUGUCAUAUGUGAUUAUCAGGGCAAAGUGUCAUACUCUGUCUAUCUAUCCAUGGAAGAACAGUUUCAAAAGUUAUUCUGAAGGAGUGUAUGAAUCAUUUGACAGUUUUUGGCAUUUUAGGAUGAUGCGUUUUUCAUACUUAUCAGAGAAACUGCCUAAAAAAGGUCGACUGUUGUUUAUAAUAAAUACAAAAAAAUUAUCCCAUCAAAAUGUCAUCAAAACAAAAGCACAACAAAUCAUUACCAUUAGCUAAACCAUGUUUGGUCAGCUUUUUCCGGUGCUUCGGCCAGGCUGGAGCUGAACAGGGCGAUUCUUGUUAUAGUUAAAUUGCAAAAUGGGACCAAACCCUACUGACUCAUCAUCCACCAAUCGUUUACAGUAUGCAAAUUAUCAUCACCCUGGCAACAAGUAGAAAUAGGAAGUUGUGAUGAUGUCACUCUGUGUUUUGAGCUUCUCUUCCCCCAUGUGAACGUGAGUCACAGAGUUUUGUUUUUCAGCGAAGAUAAGGGAUGUUUUACAGCAGAUGUACAUGCCCGUGAACAGUGCACGGGCAGACUAAAAAGUGUAUGACGGCAGCCAGGAAGUCUCUGGCUGGUGCCCUGAAGCAGACAAUGCCAGUGAGAUUACAGCUACCUCCAUAACUCAGGGGCUCUACCAGCCAUUACCAUCUGGCACCUUCACCCCGGCUUGGCUUUUAACAGCCAGUCUGGGAGCUUUAGAAAGCUGCCUACUCAGAGCCUGAUGUCACCCAGUCUGAAAAAAUAUGGCGUUUCAGGUUAAAGGUAAAAGAAACUUUCUGACCUCCAUCUCUAUGUAGCUUAAUCCUCACUUUGGCUACAUUACACAUCUGGCUCAGCUGGCAAAGUCUAUGCAUGUCAUGCAUGGUUGAUUUCUGACUAUUCCUAUUAGGUGCACUUAAAAAAUAGCUAACUGGUAACAGAUACUUUAAAAAGUAUGCAACUUGCAGAGAUCUGAUUAUGUAAUGUAGUGAGUUAAAUUUACAUGCAACCCAUCCCUCAGAUGCAGACCCACAUAGUAACAGAGCCCCAGUGUGUGUGCGUGUUUGUGUCUGUGUUUGUUCUGUGUGUAUUUGCAAACUGUGUUGGCCAUUAGUCCGUGCACUUGUUGGACUAUUCAUUUCCAGCAAAAAAGAAAAAAGAAAAGGAAAGGAGAAAAAAAGGGUGUCUGAUAAUUCCAAAUCCCAAACUGUAACCUAAGAUUGUGCGCCACCCACAGGCCUCAAAACAGGUGAUGUCAUGCACCACAAACUCUCGACGUGUAUCUCCCUUUCUCCCUUCACCUUUUUACAACACAUGCUACCACUUCUCAUUUACGUAAUGGUGCUGGGAACUGCGUCACUCUCACAGUUCUGAUACACCACGUGUGCGUAAUGAGUGUGUUUAUCCCGAGUGUGUUUUUGUAUGCUUGUGUGUAAGAGAGAACAUCUGUGUUGGGCUGAUGAAGUCACUGAAUUCAUGUACUGUACAUGUGUGUGUAUGCGUGUGCACUGGUGACGCCACCGUGUUUUGGCAUGUUUGCUUUCAAAGGCUGUUGCAGUGUAUUUUAUAUUUUGUGUUUUAGUUACUGUGUCUCGUUUUGGUUGAGUAGACAGAGAGCAGUCAGAAAAAAAAACGUAUCUCCGGGUCUUAAGGUUGUUUGCUGAAGUCACUGGCCAGGUUUAUGACAGUCCAUUUUAACGCUCGAUUAACAGGUCCAACACAGGCCAGCCGGCUCUGGUUAGCCAGCCCCAGUGAUUUAAGGACAUUCUCCUCUCUCUGGGAACUGCACACAAAGCUACGCGGUACUCUUCUCAUCACUGAGCCCAUUAUAGGGUAACAUUAAUCACUUAACUUUAUGGAUGUCAUAGAUUCUGUUGUCAAAGGCUUAUCCAUGUCAUUAUACAUACACACAUCCUGGUCUUUUGAAGCCCCUUCAGACAAAAGCAUUGACAUGGUUUAGAAACAUGUAAGCUGCUGGCUCUAGCUCACGACACGGCAAUAAGUGAAUCAGUUCCAUUAAAGCUAAAUCACAAGGCAAGGGAAGUAUUUUUAUGGCACAUUUCAUACACAUUUUAAAGGGAUUACGUAAAGCAUAAAAUAUAUUAAAAAAGAAAUACAGCAGCCAUUUACGCUAAGCACACUGCUAAAGUAAAUACUUGGAGACAGGUAUUUACCGUUAUGAAUAUAUAAAGAAGAAGUCAGCAUCUAUUCUCUUCAUGACUUAUUCAGGCUCCUUCAGAUUCCAGAUUGUAUUCACCAGAAGCAAAUAUGAAAUCUGUUAUGUUUUAUUGAAUCCUGCAAGGUAAUAGGUAAUAAUGUAUCAAGACAAAAGCUGAAAAGAAAACUGAUCAGUGCCUGUGUUUUUUCAGGUGUAACAGACAUAGUCUUUAUCAGUUAAAAAGACAGUGUAUACAUGUACAGUACUGUAUAUAACCCACUAUAAGUACUUAGUUUGACCAGAACCCAUUAAACUAAAUACGUGUAAACAAAGAUGUUUGUAAGGGAUAAUGUGGGCCCAUUAUACUGAGAGUUAGUUUGAAAUUUUGAUAUCUAACUUACAAAAUAAGCACACACAAGUUGAUAUUUAAAAGUUUGGCACUGAUCAUGUGAAGGACAUGCUGUAUUUAUUACCGGUAAUGCAAUUUGACCAACUUCUUAGAAGCAGAAAUAGAAACUAAAGUUUGUUUUUAUGAUCUUAAUUCACUGCGUUAGUAGACUUGUGCAUUCUCUUUUAUGCUAAAAAAUCUGUUAAAACCAUAACUGUGAUUUCAGAUGUUGAUCUUUUUUUUCUUUGUGUUUCAGCAGGGAGGCACAGGUUAGCACCUAAGAAUUGGGACAGAGACAACAAAAGGCUGGAAGGAACAAUUUGCAAAUAAUUAGGUUAAUUGGCAACAGUCAGUGCGGCUGUCAUACCAACAGGUAGGCAGGUCGUGACGUAUGCCACCAGCCACCCCUCCUCCUCCUCCUCCCACCGCCCCGCCUGCCUCCCAGCUGCGUCCGCCGCUGUCCUGUCUGGCCGCCCGGUGUCUGCUCCGCUGCUCCGCGCUCUGCCCCGUUCCUAUCCCCGGACCCGAAACCUCUGCCUCCUCGUUCACCACCCCGGCUCCUGGACCCCCUCCCCCCCUCUCUGCCCGGUGAAUGCACCAGCGCCGUGAACAUGACGGGCAUCGCCGCCGCUUCGUUCUUCUCCAAUUCCUGCAGGUUCGGGGGCUGCGGACUCCAGUUCGAGUCUCUCGCCGAGCUCAUCGUCCACAUCGAGGACAAUCACAUCGACACAGAUCCGAGGGUCUUGGAGAAGCAGGAGCAACAGCAGCCCACCUAUCUGGCCCUAAGCUACAUCAACAGGUUCAUGACGGAUGCAGCACGCCGGGAGCAGGAGACCAUAAAGAAGAAGGCCACACCCAAGUUGUCCCUGUCCAUCACGGGCGGAGUGUCCAGGAACAGCACGGCCACACCUCCCCGCCACACCAGCGGUAACCUGACGCCUCCCGUCACGCCCCCCAUCACCCCUUCCUCCUCAUUCCGCAGCAGCACACCUACAGGCAGCGAGUAUGAUGAGGAGGAGGUAGACUACGAGGAGUCGGAUAGCGAUGAGUCGUGGACCACAGAAAGCGCCAUCAGCUCUGAGUCCAUCCUCAGCUCCAUGUCAAUGAACGGGGCCGAUGAAAAGCCGUUCGCCUGCCCCGUCCCCGGGUGUAAGAAGAGAUACAAGAAUGUGAAUGGUAUCAAAUACCACGCCAAGAACGGCCACCGCACACAGAUUCGUGUGAGGAAACCCUUCAAGUGUCGCUGUGGCAAAAGCUACAAGACCUCGCAGGGCUUGAGGCACCACACCAUCAACUUCCACCCGCCCGUCUCCACCGAGAUCCUCCGCAAGAUUCAAGGCUAAGAGCCCGCGCUCACACCAAUCAACUUCCCCUAAAAAAAAAAAAAAAAAAAGAGUCCUGACUUUCCUUUCCCAUCCUAUGUACACUAAAGGAUCAAGUGCAUGCUUUAAGUUUUUUUUUGUUUUUUUUUUUUAAAUCAUCUUCUUUUUGUGUGUUACGUUAGUAUUUUUUUCUAUCUAUGUUAUAUCACUUGUAUUUUUUUGGGAAACAAAAAAGAACUAUCUUUGUAGUAUUUUUAUUGAUGUACAUUUGCACAUUCGUAUAUGCUAUCACAUUAUUUUAUUUUCUAUCGUUCGACUUACAUAAGGUGCUAACUGUAAAAAAAACAACAGAAAGAAAAGACAAAAAACAAAAUGAUACGAAAGUAAAGAGGAGAAAAGAUGGAGACGUGAAACAGGAAGUGCAACCAAGCCCUGCCUUCCUCCUGCUCAGCUCUGAGUGGGAUGAAGUUGGCCUCCAGUGCUGAUGUAAGCUCAGCGGUUGUUACACUCCCUUUUGAGCUGCAGAGUCCAGCUGAGCUUAGAUCUGUGCCUUCACGGUCAUUUGUGGGGGUGAAAGCGCUGGAGUUAAGUUAUACUUUUAAUAGAUAUAUCGAUAUAUAAACAAUAGACAGAUAUGUAUGUGUACAUAAAAAUAUAUAAAAGUAUUCAUGAGCAUAUACAUAGUUACUUUAUUUUCAAGCUUUAUUUUAUAUAUUUUUGUCAGUGUUUUAGAUUUCGUGUUCAUUUUUAUGUAUCAGUAAGUGUUCCUUUCAUUCCUCAUUUGCUGAUUGAGCAAUUCUGUCACCUCAGAGGUCAAAGGUCAAUCAGCUGGCUGACUUUAGGUUCUGAGUUUUUGUUUCUUUGUUUUCCUUACAUGUUCUACAGAUUAAGAGCUAAUGCUCCUUUCAGUUUGACACCGAUCUGUGUGUCGUUUGACCAUUUUAUCACGUGGAGAACGUAUUAGAACACGGCCCGAUCCGUAUCCGCAUUAAGCCAUCGUUAUCUCCAGCGUUUCUUCAUUCACAGUGCCAGAGCUGCGUUCCACACGCUUAGCCACAAAAGUGGGUUAAGCGGCACACUGUAUUCCAGUUGCCAAGAUCUUUGUAGUUGUUUUGUUUUUUCCAUGAUCGUUGCCAACAGCUCUCCACUGCCAAACAUUGACCAUACCAUGUGCCUGAUGAGGGGAUGAGGAGAGAGGGAGGGGGAAGGGGGGAGGAAAGGAAGGUGGAUGGGAAGAGUGUUGUAAUAUUUCCACCCCGGAGGUCGCCCCAGACUUGUGGCAAUUAUUUUCUUGUACGUCGCACCUCCAAAAAGAAGAAAAAGAAAAAAGUCACGGGAAUGAAUGGAUGUACACGAGAAGAAUGUUUUUCACGCAUGUUUCUGUGUCGUGUGGAGACGUGUGAAAGAAGAAGGUGGAUUUUGUAUUUGAAAGAGAUUACCAUCUACGUGUCGUUUUUGUGCGUGUGUGUUUUAGACAAAAGCAUUCCAGUCCAUUGUGUGUUCGCGAGAGUGUGAGUGGUGUGUGUUUUCAGCAGUAUCCAAGUCAUCAGCCUAGAGAGUAUUACUGUAAUCUGUGUCUCAUUGCUCGGAUGUGUCAUGUUUCUGUGCCUGGCUGCUGGUUCAACUCCUAUGGAGCAGGGUGGUUGGCUGGCUUGUUGCUCCUGACUGGGAUUUCAUCAUUCCGAGUGAGAGCGCAGUGCUUCAACUCGCCAAGACACAUUUGUUCAUUAUAUCAUCAUUUCCCUCAUUGUACAAAAAAAGUUUAGAUUCUGCUCAAGGCUUGCAGCAUGAGCCCCCCGUUCAUUUGAUAGGUACAGUGAUCUCCGACAUGCACACACCGUCCUGUCCUCCAGUUUGGCUAUAGGGAUUUUUACUUACACAAUGUUGUUAAAAGGCAGACUGCAGGAUCGCCACAUACCCUCAGCGAGUGUGCUACUACAUAAGCACAAAUCCAUGCCUAUUUUAAACCACCUGGAACCUGGAUCUGUAAAAUCCUGGCACCAGGUUACGAGGACAUCUGUGGAGCUGCUAGCCUGAGAUGAUGAUAGAAGACACUUCAGUCCGGCCUUUGAGCGUAGGAGAGAAGGUUCUCUGCGGGGACAGACUGAAAGUUGAGCUGUCAAGCACUCGUAAAAACAAAACCCAUCCUCAGCUUCAGACUCGGGAGGGCCACUCGCACAUAUGGGAGAGGAGAAACGGAGGGUGUGUGCUGGAGGGGAGAUGAGGGAGGAACUUCAAUAUACCGUGUACAGUGAAUGUAUUGUAACGUGCAUCUGUUGUCAAGUGCUUUUAAAUUAUAUUUUCGUAUGUAACGUGGAGACUGAUGUUUCCUUUUUUUGUACGGGGGUACAACAGGUUCUGAGAAGAGUGACUUGUAAAUGAUGUCAACCUGUCUUUCUAUAUAAAAGAGAAGCUGCUUAAAUGUAAACAGGAAACGACUGAGAAAAAAAAAAGCAAAAUAAAGUAAAAAAGCUCCA